AUGUACAUCAAGCAGAUCAUCAUCCAGGGCUUCAAGAGCUACAAGGAUCAGACCAUUAUCGAGCCGUUUUCUCCGGGCACGAAUGUCGUCGUCGGACGAAAUGGCUCCGGCAAGAGCAACUUCUUCGCUGCCAUCCGAUUCGUCCUGAGCGAUGCUUACUCCAACCUCAGCCGUGAGGAGCGCGCCGCUCUGCUACACGAAGGCUCCGGCUCCGCUGUCGCCACUGCCUACGUCGAGAUCAUAUUCGACAACGAGGACCGCCGAUUUCAGACCAUUGACAAGGAUGACGUCGCAAUAAGGCGUACAAUCGGGCACAAGAAGGAUGAAUACUCCGUAGACAAGAAGGUCUGGGCCAAGAAGGAGGUUCUACAGCUACUCGACACAGCCGGCUUUUCCAGGUCAAACCCUUUCUACAUCGUUCCCCAGGGGCGUGUGACAGCUUUGACGAACAUGAAGGAAAAGGAGCGUCUAAAUCUCCUGAAGGAAGUUGCUGGUACCCACUUGUACGAGGACAAACGUGCCGAAUCCUUGAAGAUCAUGAACGAAACGAACAACAAGAGAGAAAAGAUCGAUGAGCUCCUGGCGUACAUCAAAGAGCGUCUGAGCGAGCUGGAGGAGGAAAAGGAAGAGCUUCGAGGGUUUCAGAACAGCGACAGGGAGCGCCGAUGUCUCGAGUACGCGUACUAUUACCAACAGCAGACUCACUUUGAAGAGGCUCUCGAGGAGUUGGGGUCAGCCAUCAAGGAUGGCGGAGAGAACGAUACAGAGCAGCGUGUGGCCUUCUCAAAAGGCGAAAAGGCUAUUGCGGGCAUGGAGUCCAAUCUGAGCUCUCUGGAGCAGCAGCUGAACUUGCUCAAAAUCGACAGGCGCCAACUUGAAGAGGAUCGCCGAGAAGUGGCCAAAUCGCGCGCCAAGGCCGAGUUGAAGGUGAAAAACCUGGCCGACAGUCAGUCAUCCCGAGAUAUGGCCAAGCAUCAACACGACACCGAAUUGGACGCCGUCAGGAAAGAAAUCAAGGCCAAGGAGAACGAGCUUAAGAAGCUGACUCCUGAGUUUGAGAAACGCAAGAAGACGGAGUCCGACGUGAAGCAAAUACUGGAUCACGCUGAAAAUCGGCGGAUGCGCCUCCUGAACAAGCAGACUCGGAGCUCACAAUUCAAGAACCGUGCUGAGCGAGACGACUACUUGCAGAAGGAGAUCAAUGAUCUCAAUUUGACCAUCUCGAAGCAAAAGGCGAACCUAAUUGACGCCGAGGAAGAGGUCAAGAACGUAACCGAGUCUAUCGAUGGUCUCGAGAAAUCUGUUGCAGACCUUCGUGGUCAACUUGAGAAUUGGGGUGGCGGAAGGCAGUCUUUGAUCGAUCAGGUUGCGCAAGCCCAAGAAUCCCUCGACAGCCUCAACGAAGAGAGGAAGAGGCUGCGCCGCGAAGAUGACAAGCUUGACACUGUUCUGGCCAAAGUCCGGGAGGAAAAGGACCGAGCGGAACGCGAGCUCUCCUAUGCCAUGGACCACGCUACCGCCAAAGGCUUGGCUACUUUACGCCAAAUAAGACGAGAGAAGGACAUACCAGGCGCCUACGGGACACUCGCAGAGCUGAUGGAGGUCCCAGAGGCGUAUCGCAUUGCUGUCGAGCAGACAGCUGGAACUAGCCUCUUCCAUUACGUUGUCGAUAACGAAAGGACCGCAAGCAUGCUCGCAACAGAGCUGUUCAAGCGACAUGGUGGUCGCAUUACUUUCAUGCCCCUUGCCCAGUUGAAGCCGAGACGCGUGAACAUGCCCCGCGCGAGCGACAUCGUCCCUCUCAUCAACAAGAUCAACUACGAUCAGGAGUACGAAGACGCCUUCCAACAAGUCUUCGGCAAGACUGUCGUUACCAACAACUUGCAAAUUGGUGGACAAUAUGCCAGGAGUCACAACGUGGACGCCAUUACAUCCGACGGAGAUAUUAUCAACAAGAGGGGUGUCAUCUCGGGUGGAUACAUCGACACGCGCAAAUCACGGUUGGAAGCUGUCGCGGCAGUGAAUCAGUGGCGUGACAAAUACGAGGAGAUCUUGUCGCAAGCAUCGGAAACUCGGAAACAGAUGGAACAGAAAGACCAAGAGAUCACCCGUGCAUUGGGCGAGCUGCAGAAGAGAGAGUCACAGUUGCGGCGAGCCGAUGGCGGUCUGGAUCCCCUCAAGAUUGAGCUCAGAAGCAAACUCAGCCAGCUCGAGCGCGAGCGGGAGCAUCUCGAUGCAGCCAUGAGUAGGAGAGAUCAGGUCGACAAGAACAUGCAUGAUUUUGGUGCGAAUCUCGAGGCGAUGGAGGCGGAACUGGCUUCUGACUUCAAGAGGGCCCUGUCCAGUGAGGAGGAGCAGGCGGUGGAAGAACUCACUCAGCAGGUGCAACAGCUGCAGAAGGAAUGGAACGUGGCCGCUAGAGCUCGGAGAGAGUUGGGUACGCGGAAGCAGAUACUGGAGACAGAUCUGCGCCAAAACCUGCGUCUCAAGGAAGACCAGCUGAGCGGGUUGGCCUUUGAGAACUCCACUGCCGCUGACGGUGGCAGCAGCUAUUCGGAUGCACAGAAAGAACUCAAGAAGAUCCAGAAGUCCACCAUCUCAAUUGAGAAGAAGAUACAGCAAAACGAAGCUCAGGCCGAGGAGCUAGGCUCUCAAAUCGCGGAAGUGGGAUCUGCAAUCGAGGUGAAGCAACAAGAGCUGCAAGAGCUUGCCCGGCAGAUUGAAAGGCAUCAGAAGAGGAUAGAGAAGAGCGCGCAGAAGAAACAUAUUCUCACCGGCCAGAUCGAAGAGAUGGCCAAGAGCAUACGAGACCUGGGUGUGCUACCGGACGAGGCCUUCACCAAGCACAUCAAGCUCAAGUCAAACGAGAUCACGAAGCGGCUGAAGAAUGUGAACGAGAAGCUCAAGAAGUACAAGCACGUCAACAAGAAAGCCUUUGAGCAAUACAACAGCUUUACUACGCAACAAGAGCAGCUGCUGAAGAGGCGAGAAGAACUGGACGCCUCCCAGGCAUCUAUCGAGGAGCUGAUUGCGCAUCUUGAUGAGCGAAAAGAUGAGGCAGUCCAACGGACCUUCAAGCAAGUCUCGAAAGAAUUCGCGGAAAUAUUCGAACGGCUGGUUCCUGCUGGACGCGGAGGCUUGGUCAUCGAGCGGAAAGCUGAUAAGCGCCGGGGAGAACCUGAAGACUCGGAUGAACAGGAUGGUGGCAGUGUCGAAAACUACACCGGAGUUGGCAUCAAGGUGUCAUUCAACUCGAAGAUGGAUGAGCAGCAGAAGAUCCAACAACUCAGUGGUGGACAGAAGAGUCUGUGUGCCCUUUGCCUGAUCUUCGCACUCCAGCGCACCGAAAGCAGUCCUUUUGUCAUUUUCGACGAAGUCGACGCCAACCUCGAUGCUCAGUACCGGACAGCGGUGGCGGAGCUGUUGCAGACUUUAUCCAAGGAGGCCGGCACGCAGUUUAUCUGCACUACUUUCCGCCCUGAGAUCGUCAACGUGGCCGACAAGUGCUACGGCGUAACCUUCCGCAACAAGUCGAGCGCUAUCGGCUGCUACGACACGGAGGACGCGCUGGAAUUUGUCGAGGGCCAGGCGCCGAGGUAG